ACAACAAAAGGAAAAUGAAAAUGAAACAAAAAAACAGUGAAAGUGAAUCAGUGUUUAUCUUAAUCAAUAAUUCAAUUGACAAUAAGCCAAUGGAUUGAAUAAUUAACCAUUUUAUCAGUGAUUAGAAACCAAUGACCACAAUCAACUAAUUAAUUCUUAAUUCAAUUGUUCGGACAAUUUGAAUUUUCUGCCUUAAUCAUUGUUUCUGCUUAGUGGUUCCCCCUAUUGACUCAGAACGUUUUCAAUUUUGUUUUUGUUUUGAUUUUUGUUUCUGUUUACAAACUACUUCAAGUGCGACUCCAUUUUUUUGACCAUCGGGGUUUUUGUUUCCACCAUGGGUCAAGAUUUAAAUUUCUAAAGCGUUGACCAUCUAUAGUAACUUUGAUCCGUCGCCAUUUUCACUUUUACAAAUCAACCAUGUUGAAGAUAAUUAUUCUUUUACCCCUUGAUGUUACUAAAAUCUUUGUAAAUUAAUCUCAAUUUUUUUGUUUUUUGGUAAACUCGCAAUUCUCCUUCAAAGGAUUGGAAAUUUUCUCUUUCAUUUCCAAGGUUUGAUUUAACCUUUUUCUUAUGUAAUUGGAUCAAAUCAAUGAGCCAAUAUUGGAAUAAAAAGGAAACCAAAUAAAAUUCUGUGUGAAUAAAUUGUAAAUAUUUCGUCGAGGUCUCAGUAAUAUUGAUUGGCAUCUUUCCCGAUCUUCUCUCAUCUUUGGUCAUAAAUUUGCUUGUAUCACCAAGAACAACAAUGGCUACCACUUCUUAUCGAAGCUUCUCUGAAAUCUGUGAUCCUGAGGACAAAGUUCUCAUCCAUGUAUUACCUGAAAACAAAGGUGGACCUCGUUCAUGGCACCAAUACAUUCAUGAUUUAGAUUACUUUUUUACUAAAAUCUAUCGAUAUCAUCAACGAUCAGGCUUCUUUUGUCUGGUAGUUGGUCAAUUAUUUGAAUUGGUACAAUUUAUUUUCGUUGUUCUCCUCACCUUGUUUCUCCUUAAUUUUGUUGACUACGACGUACUUUUUAAAAACAAACUACCUCCAGGAUCUAGUCAAGGUGAUCUAAAUGUAAAGGUGACCAUCAGAGAUGUUAUACUUUCUGGUGAUCAGGUAAACUUUGGUGGAGUUCAAAUAAUUCUCAUCAUUUGUGCUGCAAUUUUUUGGCUAAUGAAACUAAUCAAGGUGUUACAGUCCAUUUACGUUUACCAUGCGAUUAGUAUUUUCUAUUCUGAAGCCUUACACAUUCAAGAUUCUACUGAAUAUAGUUGGCAAGAAGUUCAAACUCGUCUCAUUGAAGCCCAACACCUUUGCUCCCUUCAAGAAGGCACCUUGACCGAAUUGGAUAUUCACAAUCGAAUACUUCGUUUCCAUAAUUACAUGAUCGCUCUUCUGAACAAAAAUCUACUUCCUAUUCACUAUAAAGUGCCAUUCAUAGGUGAACAAACCUAUUUCUCCAAAGGAUUGGAAUUCAACAUUCGCCUGUUACUCUUUAAGGGUCCAUUUGCCAUCUUUGAGAAUAGCUGGAAGCUCAAAGAUGAAUUUAAAUCAUCAAUUAAUCGGCAAUUUUGUGCCAGUAAAUUUGCCAAAAAUUGUCUAAUCUUAGGGUUAAUCAAUUUGGCUCUAAUGCCUCUCAUCUUUAUCUGGCAAGUUCUUUACAUUUUCUAUGCCUAUGCUGGUACAAUUAAACGAGAUCCAUCCUCACUAUUUGCUUCCAAAAAUUGGUCUCAUUAUGCAAAACUAUUUUGUCGCCAUUUUAAUGAGCUUGACCAUCAACUUCAUGGACGUUUAAGUAAAGGUUACAAAGCCGCCUCUCGUUACAUGGAUUCAUUUACUUCUCCAUUAUUGGAAGUUAUCUCUCGAAAUAUAAUGUUCAUGGCUGGUGCUCUCUUGGCAGUUCUGGUUUUACUCACUUUCUAUGAUGAGGAUGUGAUCGCAGUCGAACAUGUUAUCACCAUUAUCGCAGGUCUUGGUAUCAUUAUCGCAGUGGCUCGAGGAUUCAUUCCAUCAGAUAUUCCAAUGAAGUACAAUAAAGCUGAACUUUACUCAAACAUUUUACUUCAUAUUCACUAUGCUCCUCAUCGAUAUUCACCAUAUUCCGGACAAGCUCAAGUAGCCAUGGGAAGAUUAUUUCAAUAUAAGAUUCAGGCCAUUUUGGAAGAUCUCAUCUCUCCCCUGGUAACACCUUACAUUCUGCUUUUUCAUCUUCGACCACGAUCUUUGGAAUACGUUGACUUUUUCCGUAAUUAUACGGUCGAAGUUUCCGAAACUGGUGAUAUUUGUAUAUUCGCCAUGAUGAAUGUUGCUAAACAUGGUAAUCCAGUUUGGGAACCCGAAAAGCCACCAGCCAAAGUUGAAUCCACUCCGAUCGAUGAACAUGGACCUGGACGAAAAGAUCAUUCUGGACGAGAAGGGUAUGUAAGAAAGGACAGAGAUGGUCAUCGACAAUUUACUCUGCAAGCGGGUGAAGGUGAUGGUGAUUUAGGUUCAAGUCCACCAGUGGCAACGGUUCCUGAAAAUCUUUGCAGUGAAAAUGGAAAACUUGAAUUAAGUUUAAUCAACUUCCAACUUACCAAUCCUAAUUGGCAUCCAUUGGAUCAAUCUCAGCGUCUUUUCAUCAGAGGAGUUACAACAGCCGCUCUAAAUGCUAAUGGUGAAAGAGUUGAGACCGGAGUUGACAUUGGUCGAACCUCUACUGACCCAGUGACCCCUCAUUCGUCAAUGGUUGGUCGAGUUCCAUCAACGAUUCAGUACACGCACCAUUAUCCAGCCGCAUCUUCAUCUCAUAACCCACCUCGAACUCCACAUUCAUCGUUGACUGAUGAACAGGAAAGUGACCUCAGUCGAGGAUAUUAUGUAGAUUCAUUCAGUUUGAGUGAGAUUGAAUUACAAAUGUCUUUAACCUCUCGAUACCUUAAUGAACUGGUAUCAUCGCGAUUGUCUAAUCAACACUCAGUUUUAUCACAAUCAUCAAUAUCUCAACAACAACAACAAUCAACAUCUCAAUUGAGACCACGAUCACAACAAUUACAACGACAACCUCAAGAAUCUGAAAAUGCUCCUCUUUUACACAGUUCGCAUUUCUCUGGACGAUAAGAAUAUUAAUUAACCAACAACAAAUUUUUGAUUACAAUUAAUCAAAGAAAAUUUAAAUUAUCCAUCAUCAGUGAAAAUAUCAUACACAUUUAAAAUUCAUCAACCAUGUUAAUCUUAAUUUUCUCUCCCUCCCCUCCCUCUCUCUCAAAAGCAUCAUUCAAUCUUAUUUUGGCUCAAAUUAACAAAUUUUUCUUCUCUCAAAUUGUAACAAUCACAAUUAUUUAAUUUUCGAUCAUAAAGAACCAAAGGCUUUAUUGUUAAAAUUCAGUUCGAAAAUCCAACCAGACUCUCAUUUGAUACACAAUCGAAAUGACUUAAGAUCUUAAUAAAGACGCAAUUUUCUCAAUAAA